AUGUCUACAAAUAUUACCUGGCAUGAAGGACACAUAACUCGUUCGGAACGAGAAGAUUUACUUAAACAAAAAGGGUUAACAAUUUGGUUCACUGGACUUUCUGCUUCGGGUAAAUCAACUUUAGCGAGUGCUUUAGAACAACAUUUGUUACAUUUAGGUGUAGCUAGUUAUAGACUUGAUGGUGAUAAUAUUAGAUUUGGUUUGAAUAAAGAUUUGGGCUUUGGUCCAAAAGACCGUACCGAAAAUAUUCGUAGAAUUGCGGAAGUUGCAAAGCUUUUUGCGGAUUCUACUACGAUUGUAUUAACUUCUUUCAUUUCACCAUAUCGAUCUGAUCGCGAUGAUGCAAGAAAAUUGCAUGAAGAUAAUGGUAUCCCAUUCAUCGAAGUUUUUGUUGAUGCUCCAUUAGAAGUUGUUGAACAACGUGAUCCUAAGGGUUUAUACAAGAAGGCAAAGAUCGGAGAAAUCAAAGAAUUUACCGGUGUUUCUGCUCCAUAUGAACAACCAUCAUCUCCAGAGCUUCAUAUAAAAACUGAUAAAUCUUCAAUAGAAGAAAGUAUAAAGAUUUUAGUAAAUUAUUUAAAAGAGAAGAAUUAUAUCGCUACUACAUUAUAA